GAUAGGUACUUUGACACCGCCAGCAUGGAGAGACCCGAUAAGCCACUGACUCCGCCCGACGACCGGGACAGGAAGCGUGGUCGAGGCGACAGGGACCGCGUUGACAGAGACCGCGUUGACAGAGACCGUGGUGACAGAGAUCGCGGUGAUAGAGAUCGCGGCGACAGAGACCGUGGCGAUGACAAAGCCCGCGGUGAUGACAGAGCCCCAACUGGAGAAGCCGCUUCCUACUUUACCGCCGCUGCUCCCAUAUCCGGACCCAACGGCUCGAUUGACCCCUAUCCCAUCGUCACCGACAGCUACCGUCCUCCGCAAGGUCCAGACUCGUCCUAUCCACCACGCCAUGACUAUGGCCGUCCACCUCCUGGCUCAGGCUACCCUCUCCCUUCCCACAGCACCGGUAUCUCGCCCAACUACCCCCCAGUGUCGGGUGCCAACGGCGCCUCUGCAUCCUACUAUGGGACAGGCGUUGAAUCGAUGCCCGGUCCAGCGGCUACUUCAGGUGUUGGCAUGAGCUACAUUCCCCCUGCGCCUCUGUCCGGUCCUCCUCACCAUGGGGCACUACCAAUCCACUCGACAACACCGCUACCUCUCGCGGUGCAGUCCUCCUACUACAAGCCCACCCUCAAAUCUGUGCGCCAGAAAGCUGAGAAGGAAGUUAUUGAACUCGCCAACCUACAACGCCAGAGGAAGAUGAUCGCAUCCAAGGGCACCAGAAGAGAUUAUGAUGAGAUUUCGGACAAGAUCAGAGCCCAGACAGCCACCGUCCUCGGUUAUCUCAAGGGCCUGAGACAAGAGAUGAUUCAAAUUGUGGAAGACGCCGAGGACCAGAGGUGGAGAAGGUGGAUCGUUGGCAGUAUAUUUGGCACUUUUAUCCCUCUUGUCAAGAAGCUCUUCCGAAGACCUUCAAGCGAGAAAAAGACCAAAACCAGGACGGAGUAUGCCUUCAUCAAGUCCAAGAGUCUGCUCGGUCGCAUUCUUGCCGCAACCAAAGGUCACAGGCCCGGCCUGACGACUGUCACCUUCUUUGUUUUUGCCGUUUUGUACAUCUUUUCGAAUGAGGUGUCGCUGAGAGUGGCCAAGACGGCCUCCAAGCGGUUGAAGAAGCUGGUGAACAAGGUGGAGAGUACCAGUAAUGGCAGGGACGGGGAUGUCCUCAAGGAUGACGACAUCAAGUUGCUGAGCGGGUGGAGGUGGAGAGUGUUGGAGUUUAUUGAUUGAACAUGGGGGUGUGGUCUGUGUGGCUAUGAAGAAUGUGAAAUGAGGAAUGACGAGAUGACGAUGAUGAGUAACGAUAUGAUUUUGUCUUUUUGGUCUUGUCUGUGUUUACUCAGAAAGCAGGCGAGGUGUUGGAGGAUGAAUGCAUAAUAUGUUUUAUAUUGUGGCCUGUUAAUGUAUUUCACUGUUAAGGUUUUUGCCUCGAAAAGAUGGUAUUUAGAGUGUCGUUGAUG